UGGAUCAGCACAAGCAGGGGAAAGUUGACACUGAGGUUGUGUGACCUCAGUUUUUGUAUACACUUAAGACUGAAGGUCGCCUCGUGUAACAAAGCUUUUCUGCUGCAAAUAUUUCAGGUCAGGGGAAGACACAGGCGGCAGUGACUUCACCUUUAUCUGGGAAGUAACAGAAAUCUGUAAAAGAAGCCCAGGCUGCUGGACCCUCCUGACUGAUGGGUGUGGACAAAGACAUUUCACACCCGUCUGAUUGUGCAACGGGACGAUAUCAAGACUUUCUCCAACUGCAGCAGGCACUCAAAGACAAUCAGGAUGGACCCGUCCAACCAGAAGCACUUCACUGUGGCAGACUAUGUGAUAUUUGCCAUCUUGUUGGCUGCCUCGAUGGGCAUCGGGCUGUACUACGCUCUGUCUGGUGGCCGUCAGCGCACCACACAGGAGUUCUUGUUGGCAGACAGGAAUAUGCACUGUCUUCCUGUUUCUCUCUCACUCAUCGCCUCAUUCCAGUCGGCCGUGGCUAUCAUCGGCGUACCGGCAGAGAUCUACACUCACGGUACUCAGUACUGGUUCAUCGGCUGCGCUUACAUUCUCGGCCUCUUCAUUCCAGCUCAUGUUUUCAUUCCAGUGUUUUACAGAUUGCGGCUUUCCAGCGCUUACGAGUAUCUUGAACUGCGAUUCAAUAAAGCUGUGCGCAUCUGUGGAACUCUGACCUUCAUCUUUCAGACGGUGAUCUAUAUGGGAGUUUGUGUGUAUACUCCUGCCUUUGCACUGAAUGCAGUUACUGGAUUUGAGUUAUGGGGAGCAGUGCUGGCCACUGGAUUGGUAUGCACAUUGUACACAACAAUGGGUGGGUUGAAGGCUGUCAUCUGGACAGACGUCUUUCAGACUGUUGUGAUGUUUGCAGGGCAGCUGGCCGUCAUUGUGGUGGGAAUACAGAAAACUGGAGGCGUGUCUGAAGUCUGGAGGAAAGCCCAGGAGGGAAACCGCAUCGCUGGUCUCGACUUAAAUCCAGAUCCUACAGAGAGACAUACCUUCUGGACUCUGGGCGUUGGCGGGAUCUUCCUCAUGCUGUCCCUUUAUGGAGUGAACCAGUCUCAGGUCCAAAGAUACAUCAGCGCCCGCACAGAGAAAGAGGCUGUCAGGUCUUGCUACAUGGUGUUUCCCUCCCUGCAGCUGGCUCUGGCUAUGAGCUGUGUGAUGGGACUGGUCAUGUUUGCACGUUACUGCGGGGAGGAUCACUCCGAUAAGUUGGGCACCUCUUCCAGGGAUGCAAUGGUGAUAUACUUUGUGAUGGAUAUGUUACAAGGUCUGCCUGGGUUGCCCGGACUCUUUGUUGCAUGUUUAUUCAGUGCAGCUCUCAGCACCAUCUCCUCUGCCUUUAACUCUCUGGCCACAGUGACGAUGGAGGACCUCAUCAAACCGCACUUCCCAGCUAUGACAGAAGCCAGAGCGACCCUGCUGUCCAAAGCCUUAGCGAUGUCCUACGGGCUUCUGUGUCUGGCCAUGGCCUAUCUAACUCACCUAAUGGGUGAUUCGGUUCUUCAGGUGGCCUUGAAAAUCUUCGGGAUGGUCGGCGGUCCUAUUCUCGGGGUGUUUUGUCUCGGGAUGUUCUUUCCGUGGGCCAACUCCACUGGCGCGGUGGCAGGUUUGGGGGCAGGUCUGGCUGUGGCUUUUUGGGUGGGAAUCGGGAGCAUCAUCACUCGUAGCUCCGGCGCUAGACUGCUGCCACCCGACUGUAGAGCCAUGCUUCUGUCGGACAACACGACCGCCGUCAUUCAGACCGCCCUCAGCAACGUCACGCUGAGCUCGCCGUCUGGACUGAAGAGAUUUUAUUCAUUGUCCUACAUGUGGUACAGCGGAUUCAACUGCUGCACAGUCAUUAUAGUCGGACUGAUCAUCAGUUUUCUCACAGGUCCUAUGAAAGAAGAGGAUGUGGCACCGGGCACGCUUUAUCCUUUGUUGGGGAAACUGCUGUUUUUUCUACCUGAGCGCCUCAAAAAGAAGCUGUGCUGCUGUGUGACUCCUCAGAGACAGACUCUCUCACCACAACAACAGCAGCCUCCACAACACAAGCAAAGCAACGGACUGACCGGGUCAUCACAGGAGGAGACGGACAGUUUCCUCCCUGACGGUCACACACCUUUUGUGGAGCAUGAAACAGCUGUUUGAUAUCACAGGCUGUAUAUAUAACGGUUCAACAUUUUGCACUUGGAAUAAAAGAUGUACACUUUUUUUUUAUUAUUAUUAUUACUUUUGUUGCCUUUUGUUUUGUGAUGAAGAACUUCAGAUUCAAAACUAGAUCAAGGCUAAACAUCCUUCAGUCAGCACUAGAGGUUUUUUCUUUACCUUCUGACUUCAUGAAAAGACUGAAUGCUGCUGAGCUUAAUAAUGCUUUACAGAAAGUCAUGUUUGGUUUUGCAUGUUUCUGUAUACACGUAAAGGAAUACUGCACUAUACUGUUGAAUAUCCUGUUAAUGGAGAAUGUUUUAUACCUGUUUACAUAUUUGACUACUGUUUAGCACUACUGCAGACGUAUGGAUGGUCGUUGGUCAUACUCUUAUGAGAUGAUGGUGCCUCGCUUUUUAAAGAAUGUACUUGUGAAUUUUGUUGAUCCAAAAACACUUUUUAGGGUUUUUUAGGUACUUUUUGCAUUUUUUUGUUGUCAUAUCUUAAGUUUUGUACAACUGGUAAAAUAAUGAAAAUCAAAGUAGUUUUUACUGUUGAACUAACUAUUGUUUAAAAGGUCAAUAAUUAACACUCAAUUAAAUCA